CGAAAUCUACAGUGAGGGACCUACAAGGGGCUUUUCUCCCCCCGAUGUUAGCCUACAGUUUAUCCUCCGGCUUGUGUGUAAAUGGAGUAUUCGCAGUCUUUCAGCAAACAUUUGGAUAUAAAAUAAGCGUUGGAUUUAUGUAGCACGAUUCACCAUGGCAAGUCAGCAGAAUGCCUGAUACAGACACUGAUUUGCCCGGAAAUAUAGGGACUGUUUAACAGUCUGGCUUUCUCGGAAUUCCUCAGUGGACUGUUUCUGACACGAAGUUUAUCUGUUUUGGAUAAUGGAUGGCCGAGAUUGCGGACCCCCGAGAUCUGUUCAUAUACCCCCACCUUUACUCACGGGGCUGGCCAUGGAGUCACACCGGCUUGGAGCGGCCGCUGCAGCCGGCAGAAUUCCUCCUUCCCCCGGCCACUUGGGCGCGGGACACUCGGCAUCACUCCAUAGUGGAAAAUACUUGUCAUCGGCCAUUAACAUCCGUUCUCAUCACGGUGAUGCCUUUCAGGUCGGGUCCUCCCCCUUCCUCGGUGGUUACGUGAGCUCCUCCAAUCCGCACGGAGGGCCCGCCCCCAUGACCUCCGACCCGUCCUUCCGAGCCCCCAAUCCGACGAACCUGCAGAUGGCGCAGCUGUGGGCUUCCCACCUCCACGAGGGUUUCGCCCACCUGCCUGGCAGUUUAUACCCCAGCUCCUACAUUCCACUGGGACACCUGGAGCACCCCAGCAGUGGAAGCCCCCUCCACGCUCAGUUGGGCCAGCACCCUCUCUUUGAGCCCCCAAAAGAGGGCUUCUACCUCCCAGGCCACGGAGGACCAUCCGCCCUGCACGCCCAGUCUGCGCUCUCCAGGACCCCAGCCGCCCACACUCCUAGCUCCCUCUCGAGAGACAGGGAGGCCCUACCCUACCACAGGGUCGCAAAGGACACGUCCCGGGACAAGGAGAGGCCCUGCAAGGCCGAGCCGGGCGAGCCUCAUCCCCGCGGCCCGAGGGACGGAGACAGAGAAGAGCCUCGGCCCCGCAGCGUGGUGGACCUGACGGAGGAUGAGAGGAGAACGGGCGGCCCGCACAGGCCCUCGAAGAAAGCCUCGCCCUUCUUCCGCGAGCCCUCGCCCGGCCCGGGCAACGGGGAGCUCAAACUCGGCGCCCCCCUGCAGACGUCCUCGCUGAGCAACUGUAGGAGCGGCGGUGCCUCCACCCUGCUGAGGCCUCUGGGAUCGGAGCAGGACAGGUGGGCCCGGGAUGCGAUCCACGACGACGAAAACACGAGACCCGGCGCCCCGCCUCACGGGGACAGGUCGAAAAAAUACGACCCGGCAGCGACGUCAUCGGCCGGGACGCUGCACGGGUCCCGCGGCAGUCCCUCUCCUCAUGGUAACACCACCCACUUACACCACAGACUGAUAUCUGCCGGCACGUACCCGCCUCCCCCACUCCCUCGCCACCUUCCGCCCAGCCUGUACCCCCUGUAUCCCACAGUGAAAGACCCCGGGAGGGAACACCGGGUGAUUGCGCCCACGUUCGUGCCUUCUGUCGAGCUUUACGAUGAGAGACUUGGGCCCAUUCAGAUUGCCUCCCAGGCCCGGGAAAAUAAGAGCAGCAGGAAAGGGGAGAGGGACUCGCACCGACAGACAGGUGGAGAGAGGACUCAAACGGACCUGUCCCGGCCACCCGCAGCCCACGAGCCCCCUUCCCAUGAUGUCAAAGGUAUAGAAACAUUUCGAGAAGAAGGCUCUGUCAUUCGGUCCAACUGCAUUCCCACAAGGAGGCCGCCACCUUUGGAAAUGCAUGCGGACAGACCGGGGCGCAGUCCGGAUACGGACUCUGUGUUGACCAGUAAAUCAGCUCUCGAAGCAGAGUAUCGUAGCCAAGACCGUAAUAGAAUCCAGAGGGCCUCCAUGAGAGAAGGUGGUUUGAAGUACGGAGGGGUGGACUCGACCUGGAUGCACCCGGAACAGCCUUCACCCAAGGGCUUCAUUUCCACAGAACACAAGUGGAAUCCCUUUGACAUGGCCGACUAUGCCUCCGGCCAGAUGUCCGCCCUCGUGGCCCAGCAUGGGCAGGGCCACAGGGGGGAGGAAGAUGGAAAGAAUGCUUACCUGGAUCCCUCAGGGGUCCACAGACCUGCCCCGAGCGGGAGCUCCAGGGGGAGCCCCAAGGGGCUCCACCCGGAACCCCACAGGGAAGUGUCGGCCAUGCAGAGCCUGAUCAAGUACAGCGGUAGCUUCACCAAGGGCCCCGGCUCAAGGCCCGGAUCAGACGGCAAGGGUCCGUUUGCGGGCCUCGGUUGCAUGAAGCUGGAGGGUGGCCAGCCCGCGGGGCCCAAGACCCAGCACUUCCCACCGCAGCAGUCUGGGAAGCAGCUGAAGCGGGACCCGGAGCGCCCGGAGAGCGCAAAGUCCUUCGGCCGCGAGAGCAUCGGCUCCCAAGGGGAGGUGGAGGUCCGGCACCCGCCCGUGGGGAUCGCCGUAGCGGUGGCGCGGCAGAGGGACAACGGCAGCAAGCCUGGCUUGGGCCCGGCGGACCGAGAGCGCCCCCUGAUGGGCGGCAUCAAAGGUUCAGGGCGUCCAGAGGAGGACAGAGGGGAUGAGGGUAUUCGUGACGACCGUCUCCUGCAGGGCCGACUGGAGCGCGAGCAGGAGAAGCUGCUGCGGGAGAAUAAAGAGUUGGCGGAUUACACACACAUGCACCUGCCAGAGGCAACAGCCAACGGGCUGAACCCCAAUCUGAUGGUGACGGGAGGCCCGCCCCUGGUUAGCUCCGGGCGGUGGCCCCCGGACCCCGCCUCCCACCUGGUGUCUCACCCCUGGAUGCCCCGCCCGAGCGCCCCCUCCAUGUGGCCCUACGGGCUGGGCCCACCCUCGCUCCACCAAGGCCUGCCUCCAGGAUACCCCCAGACCCUCCCGGGCUCCAUACCUCCUCCGUACCAGUUCGCACGAGACCCUCAGUCGGGUCAGCUGCUGGUCAUCCCCACGGAGCACCUCCCACACUACGCGGCCGAGCUUAUGGAGCGGAGCCCCCCUCUGUGGCCCUCGCUGUACCCGUCGGCCAGCAGCUCCCUGCAACACGCCCAGGAGCUGCACCUCCUCUCCCAGCAGCAGCUGCUCCGGCAGCAGGAGCUCCUGAUGAUCCAGCAGCAGGCCGCCCAGGUGAUGGAGCUACAGAGGAGCGCGCAACUCGCGGAGAGGCUGAAGGCGAGCGAGCACAGAGCCGAAAUGGAGGAAAAAGCCGCCAAAAGGAGCGCCGACGGCGGCAAGCACGGCGUCUCGGCCAGACCCGGCCCCGCCCUGCACUCCCGAAAGCCGGCGCCCCCCCGCACCCCGACGCCCACCGCCGCCUACAGCAAGGCCCUGACGCCCCUGCCCUCCCCCCCGAAAACGGAGAAGUCCCUGCCGGUGCGAUCGUAUUCCCACCCGUCCACCCCCGCCCCCCGCCUGCCGAGCCCGCCGUCCGCCCCGCCCCCGCUGGCUGCCCCCAUCCCGCCCAAAGAGGAGUGCGUUGACGUGUGCGAGAACAAAGAACUGGACCUUCAGAACCAUGUCUCUGCACCUCUACAGGCGCUGUACCCUGAAAUCCCUCCCGGUUACCCGUACCCGUCGCUAACGGCUCCGUUCGGCAGCCACUACCCCUACCUGCUCCAGCCGGCCGCGGCGGCGGACGCAGACGGGCUGGCUCCAGACGUGCCGCUGCCGGCGGAGACCCCGGAACGUUCCGCCGCCCCGGCCGACGUGAAGCCCCGACGCCUGCGCUCCCCGGCCGCGGCGGGGCCUCCCCCGCCCCGCGGAGAGCACCCCACGCUCAGCGGCCCCGCGGUGAAGGAGGAGCCCGGUCUGGAGGAGGUCCGGGAGCACCCCGACGACCCCGCGGCCCGCCUCGCGGAGAUGCCCGCACCUGCCCGCUCCUGCCAGGGGGAGUUUGAGACGGGGCGGCGGUCCGUGGUCGUGCCCACGCCGGUGGAGGGGCCGACGGUGGACGAGCUGGCUGACGGAGGGAGGGUGAAGCUGGAGGAGACCGCCCUCCUGAACUGCCGAGCUCCAUACCAGGGGCCUGAUGCGGACACCGCUCUCCCAGAGACCGAACCACCGAUCCUGGAGGGGUCAACCGGGCCCGAGGGCUUAACCUACCACCCCUCCGCGUGUUCCGACGAACCCCAAGCUCUGGUUGACCCUGCCUCCCCCGAACCCGAGGAAACGGAACCAGAACUCGACUCAGAGCAGCCCCUCGAGGAAGCUUUGGAGGUCCCCGAGCCCGCCCCCGAGACGCCGUCCCCCCCGCCUCACGGGCUCCCUGGCCUGUCCGUCACGGACGUCGCCCUCGACGACCCCAUGGCCGGCAUGAUCGCACUGGUGGCCGCCAGCGAGCUCCCGCAGGCCUGCCUCCUGCCGGGGUCACCCUCUGACCUCACCCCCCUGGGGUGCUCCGGGCUGGAGGGCAUGACCCUGCUGGGCGAGGUGGCCGAACUGGAGCUGGAGAGACAACACUCCGCCCUUCUGAUAGCAGGCCCCUGUGGGUUAGAGACCCUGCUGUUGGCGAGCAGGCAGGUUCUCCUGGAGGAGCUGCAAAGGCCCGUCGUCACCAUCCGCCUCCCCAGGGAGCUCAACCCCAACAGGAGGUACAGCUGGAUGCAGAAGAAGGAGGAGCCUCUCUUCUCCAAAUCAACCCUGGAAGGGAUGGACAUGUUGGAGGUGGACUACCGCAUGAGGCUGGCUGAGCUGCAGAGGAGGUACAAGGACAGGCAAAGGGAGCUGGCGAAGCUUCAAAGACGCAGAGAGCGCGAGGAGAAGCUGCUCCUGGAGGAGAGUAGCAGGGCGUCGGCUCGCAGGGGCCCCGGAAGGCCCCGGAAGAGGAAGCACAGCCUCGCCGCUCCCUCCCCGCCCGCCGGGAAACUGGACACCAGGAACGCCAGGUUCAGCAAGAGCCUGCCUCUCUCUGAGGACUCUGAGGCCGGAGAGAUACUGAGGAAGCGAUUUCGGGGACCCAGCCUAGAAGAGGACGAGGACAUGGACGGAGCGAUGAAAGUAAAGAGAAAGAACAAGCAGUGGGGUGAUCGGGAGGCCUCAUCUAGCUUCUCUCAGGAGAUGCCGAUGAAGAGCAACAAAAAGAGGAGAGUGAGCGAGCAGGAGCAGCUGGCUUCCAAGCUGGACAGGGCCCUGUCGCUCACCAAGCUAGGUAAACUCCACAGGUCUCCCUUUCAGUACACGGAGGGCCACUACGGGAGAGCCACGCCUGGCUCGGGGAGCUGCGGUAAGUUUUCGGCGCUCCGAGAAAUGGAGCUGAAAGCCAAGGCGGGGAAACAGAGCCUCUCUAAGGGACUCGGCCUCUUUCAGAAGUCGUCCAAAGGAGGUAAAAACAAAAUGGCCGCCAAAACAAAGAACAUGGAACCCUGCAUGAAUGUAAAAGGCCAACAGAAAGCGCUGUAUUCCCCUGUGAGGUCAGAAGUCAGCAGCUACUCCAACAAUACAGACACGGAAGAGGAGGAGGAGGAGGAGGAGGAGGAGUUGAUGGAAGGGUGGCCGCCCCGCCCUGCUCUGAGCAGGACAGGAGCCCGGUCGCUAAGGCCUGCCCUCUGCAGCAAGGCGUCCAAUAAGAGCUGGCCGCUGUCAAAGAGGGGCGGGGCGUCCGGGGGCCUUCAUCCCCAACGGGCACUCGGCAGGACGACACACAAGCACUUUGGUUUACUGCUGCGGGAGGCGGGGGCCAGCUCCUCGGAAGACUCUUUCGACCAAGAAUACUUCAUGGAGAAGGAGGAUUACGAGGAUGAGGAAGAGGAGGAUGAAGACGAGUACGGGGGGAGCAGCGGUUUGUGCUCCCCCUCCGUGGAGGAGAGCGGGCUGGGCCUCCUCGCCCGAUUCGCCGCCAGCGCCCUCCCCUGCCCCCUGAUCCCCGCCCCCCUCUCCGUGGUCCAGCUGGAGGCCAAGCAGAAGGCCAGGAAGAAGGAGGAGAGGCAAAGCCUUCUGGGUACCGAGUUUGAGUACACCGACUCGGAGAACGACGUGAAGAUCAGGAAGAGGCUCCCAUCCCUGCUGCACGGGAAGCGCUCCGCUCCGGAGCUCCCCCUGCUGGCCCCGGCCAGUGCGCUCCGGGAGGAGCCCGGCCCCCUCCCCAACCCCGGCCCCAGCCCGGGCCCCGGCAGGCCCCGGAAGCCCAAGAAGACGCGGCCGCCCCGGGCCGUCAGCCUGGACACGGCGCUGGAGGCCAGCGACGAGGACCACUGGGCCCGCCGGAGGAGCGAGCGCAUCUUCCUCCACGACGCGGCCGUCACCGCGUCCUCCACCCCGGUGUCCCCCACCGCCCCCCUGCCCAAACCCGCCCGCUGCCCCAAGAAGGAGGCCGCCAAGCCCAAGGAGGCAAAGGACGUGGCCAAGAAGAAGAAGGGUAAAGACAGCCCGGUGUCCCUGUCCCCGCUGUCCAGCCCCGCCCCCGAGAGCCGCUCGGCCCCGCCCUGCCUGCCCGUCAGCCCCGUGCGGCGAGGCAAGGCCAAAGCCAAACCCCGAGAGGUGAAGAAAGAGCAGGCGAGGGGAAAGGGCGGGGCUGUCAGUAAGCUCAUGGAGAGCAUGGCUGCCGACGAGGACUUCGAGCCCAGCCAGGACAGCAGCUUCUCCGAGGACGAGAACGUCCCGCUCAGCACGCCCCCGGACCGGCCCACUACCCCCGGCCCGCGGAACUGCGUGAUCCAGAAGGAGGAGCUUCAGGACGGGCUCCGUGUCCUCAUCCCCAUGGACGACAAGCUGCUGUACGCCGGCCACGUCAACACCGUGCACUCGCCCGACAUAUACAGAGUGAUGGUGGAGGGCGAGCGUGGAAACAGACCCCACAUCUACUGCCUGGAGCAGCUGCUGCAGGAAGCGAUCAUCGAUGUGAAGCCUCCCUCAGUGAAGUACCUCCCAGAGGGCACCAGGAUCGCGGCCUAUUGGAGUCAGCAGUACCGCUGCCUGUAUCCAGGAACUGUAGUCAGGGGCAACCCCGACAUGGAAGAGGACGACGACCUGAUCACCGUGGAGUUUGACGACGGGGACACAGGCCGGAUCCCGCUGUCACACAUUCGACUCCUCCCGCCUGACUACAAGAUCCAAUGUGCCGAGCCCUCGCCAGCCCUCUUGGUGCCCAGCACAAAGAGGCGUGGUAGGAAAUCUAGCAAGGAGGCGCCAGAGAGCAAGGAGGCGGACUCCCCAACUGCAGAGGAGCCGGCUUCCAAGAGCAGAGGACGGGGACGAAAACCCAAACCAAAGCCUGAUUCUGAGGUAAUUCCAGAGGAACGGGAAAAAUCUGAAAUGUCUGCUCCCGCUGAGGCCCAGGAGACCCUUCUCCCACCCGGCGGGUCGGCUCCCCGACUGGGUAGAAAGCGGCAGCAAGGGAACGUGGCCAGCUCCUCCGCUGCGAUACCUGACGAGGCCCAGAAGAAACCAGCGCCAACCAAGGCCGCAGCCAAAGCCAACCCACAGCCGCAAAAAGCAGCCUACACCUCCCCCAUCUACGGAAAAGUCCUCUCGGUCAACCUCUACAACGAACCGUCCAUCUCCCUGGGUUCAUUCCUGUCUGGCUCAAGCGUCGACCUGGGGAAGACCAAACCGGCCAAGAAAGGAAGGAAGAGCGAUGAGGUCCAUGAGACUGGGCCCGGGGCAAAGGUGCAGAGGAAGCCACCGCAGGCUGAGGUCCUCAUCAAGCUGGAUCAUGAGGGGGUCAUGUCCCCGAAGACCAAGAAGACCAAGGCCUUGAUGAUGAUGGAGGACAAAGGCCUUGACAAAAGGCAAAACAAGGCAGUCAUGGGUGUGGCUUACACCACGGUGCCAUCCGGGGAGGCUAUUCAGAAGCCGGGCACGACCAAAGCUCCAGAGAAGGAGAACCCAAAGGCUGUCGCCGUCUCCUCCUACAGGAAGCUGGGCAGGGGUGGGGAGGCUGUGGUCAAGGUUCCCAAGGUCGAUAAGGUCGAUAAGGUCGAUAAGGUCGAUAAGGUCGAUAAGGUCGAUAAGGUCGAGGAGUCGGACAGCAGUAGCAGCACUGGCUCCGAAUCUGAAGGCGAGGCAGAGGAGCCCACGAAGGAGGAGGAGGAGGUGGCACAGGAGGAUGCUGCGUCUGGCACCUCCCGCGCCUCCAGCCCUGUCUCCACCAACUCCUCCAGCUCAUCCACCAACAGCUCCUCAACAUCCUCCUCCUCUGGCUCCGGCUCGACCUCCUCUUCCUCCUCAUCCUCAUCUUCAGCCUCUUCAACCACGACCGACGAGGACUCCCCCUGCAGCUCCGACGAGGAGACCGCAGGCUCACCUCAGAACUCCUCCUCCUCUGCUAUCCCCCAGAGUCCCCCAGAAGCUGAGAACAAGCUGCCUGACGCGCCGGAGGCCCCCUCUUCCGUCCCCACCAAAGGCCAGAGGCGCCAGCAGGCCAAGCUGAAGGAGCAGCAAAGCAAGAGUCGGCCCAAGAGGCGAGAGGGCAUCCACCUCCCCACCACCAAGGAGUUGGCCAAGCGCCAGAGGCUGCCCUCGGUGGAGAACCGGCCCAAGAUCUCAGCCUUCCUCCCAGCCAGGCAGCUCUGGAAGUGGUUUGGGAAACCCACCCAGAGACGUGGGAUGAAGGGCAAGGCUAAGAAGCUGUUCUACAAGGCCAUCAUGCGCGGGAAGGAGAUGAUCAGCAUCGGGGACUGCGCCGUGUUCCUGUCUGCCGGGCGACCCAACCUGCCCUACAUCGGCCACAUCCAGAGCAUGUGGGAGUCCUGGGGCAGCAACAUGGUGGUCCGGGUAAAGUGGUUCUACCAUCCUGAGGAAACCAACCCUGGGAAGAAACUGCAUGAUGGAAAGGCCUGGGAUCCGAAAUCUGUUAAGGGACUCCAUGCAGCUUUGCAGGCUUCCAAUCAGAGGAAGGACUUCAUGGAGCGUGCCCUCUACCAGUCAUCCCACAUCGACGAGAACGACGUGCAGACCAUCUCUCACAAGUGCCUGGUGGUCAGCCUCGAACAGUACGAACAGAUGAUCAAAACCAAGAAGUACCAGGACAGCGAGGACCUCUACUACCUCGCCGGCACCUAUGAGCCCACCACGGGGAUGAUCUUCAAUACGGACGGGGUUCCCAUCAUCUGCUGAACCCUCCCACCAACCACCGCCAUGUCCUCUGACCCCCAUCAGAAUCUUCUCUUUGUUUGUCAUCGUGUGCCACAGGUGAAAAAUAAACAUAGCUCUUGGAAGCAGGGGAACCCGCACCGUCGACACAAUCUCUAAAACGGUGAUGAUUCGCAGCAUCUCGGCCGUUUGUGGAUACCAGCGACCGUGAACGUGACUGUGACGCUAGCUGAGUGAGAGUUCUAAACGACAGGCAGGAUGGUGAAGAGAAGGAAGUGGGCUCACAGCGAGAGAGACUCCGGCUGCUGGGAGUUCAUCCUCAGGGCACUGUAUCGCAUAACCGGACACUCCAAAUGCAUGCAUGACUGGUCUGAAAUGGAGUCAGCGGUAGCACAUGAUAUAGCGAUUGGAGCACGUGCCCUUCUCGGUUUGCAGAAGUCCAGGCUGAUGGAGAGGUUAAUUUUUUAUUUUUUUCUUGUGUGGGCACCGAUGUGGGCCGCUGAUCAUUUCCUCAUAUUCAUUUGGGGAUAAAAUGCAGAGCAAUGUCAGGCCCUUGGAUUUUUCUUGUCACAACGUUGGUGAAAGGGGUGGGGAGGGCAUGUUGUGAAACUCCCCAGAAGCCCAGUUUGCCUUAGCAGCUGGGCCCCCUGUUUCUAGAGCAGCACCAGCAAACCUCUGUGAAAGGAGCCUGCGUUCCUUUGGCCCCAGGACCCACUCCCUCUGCACGUCUGCGGCCUGUUCCCAGCUCAUCACAGGCCGCAGUGUGGGGCAAAUGGAAAAUCACGCCCACCAGGAGAAAUGACAUCACAGUCCAUGUUGCCUGGCAACA